AGUGACCGCAUAAUAUAGAAAUGUCUGUGUGACAUUGUAAAAGUUUGUGCAAUGUGACAGAAACCUAAGGUAGGUGGAGUAAAUAACACAACUUAAAGUGUGCUACUUUUGCUUGUAUGAUUGUCCUUUUUAUUAGGAGACAUUUAUAAUGUAGCUUGACACGAAUAGUGAAAAAAAUUGGAUGCAUCUUUCUUUUAGUUGCAGCAGACGUGCCAUUGGUGGCGGUACAUCCCACCCCCAAGCCCCCUGCAGAUACUCUAGACGUCCAGGCACAACCAUCUGAAUAUGAGAUUCACGAGAGCUUGGGCACAUCUGCCUUCAGCAAUCACCAAGAUGUCAACAAUGAAGAUGGCCAGGAAGAUGUUCCUGUUGCAGCGCUUGCCUUCAGAAGAGAAAUUGGAAUUCAAGUUAACACCCUUGAUGCUGCGAGACAUCAACCACUCAGCAUAGCGCAUGUAAAAACACAAAAAGACCUAAGUGUAAUCAACGGUCUUCUGUGCUACCAGCUAUUUUAUAACAUUUGUGAUGUGUACACUGACAGCCGUAUGCUUAUGCAGGCAAAACGCUUUUGUCUAUGCAAUGAAGAUGCAGUGCUAAUGACUGUAAUGAAGCUCCACCACAACAUGCCAUUUUCACUAAUUGGGGUACUUUUUGGCAUUCAUCACACUACAGCAGCAGAUGUAUUCAAAGCAACAAUUGCAGCACUAGCCGAAAUACUGCAAACCGCAGUAUUCUGGCCAAGCAAAGAGACGGUCGUUGACAGCCUCAUCGUCCAUUUUAAGGAAUACCCAAAUGUGCAUGCAGUUUUGGACUACACGGAAAUCCCACUGCACAGACCAAAGGAUCUGGAGUCACAGCUACUCACGUACAGUGGUACCUAUAUAGCUAAGGUUUUAGUCUGUGAAACACCUGGAGGCCAUAUUAGCUUUCUGAGCAAGGCAUAUGGUGGAAGGGCAUCGGAUUCCUUUAUUACAAAGAAAAGUAAAAUUCUUAAGAAGUUUUUGCCUUCUAUAGAUAAUGUAAUGGUUGACAAGGGCUUUCUGAUCGAUGAACUCUGCCUUCUGCACCAUGUCAUUAUGGUUCGCCCUCCAUUUUUACACAAAAAGAAACAGCUUACACAGCGUGAAGCUCAACAAAACCAGAGUAUUGCAGCUGCCCGCGUUCAUGUGGAACGUGCCAUUCAGCGUAUGAAAGUGUUCAAAAUUCUGUCGGGAAACCUUGGCACUGAGCUUUUCCCGUACAUUGAUAUCUUAACCGUCAUUGCAGGAAUGGUCAAUUUGUCAAAACCGAUUUACAGUGCUGAGAAGUUCUUGUAUGAGUGAAAUAGCUUUGUGACGUGCCUAAAAGGGGAAUUACAUUCCUAUCAGUGUCGGGGUGCCACCAGUUCACUUGAAAGGCCAGUAAUGCAGCAACAUGCUAUGCAUGCACCGAAAACAAUUUCAGUGUGUUUUGCAUUGCUUCUCAACCAUGCCCAAUAUGCUUUAGAAGAGCUAUAGCUGGGAUAUAAUUUUUCCUGUUUGACUUUUUAUGGUGAGUUCUUGUUUGUAUUUCUUGUUUUUCAGUAUUGUUUAUACCAAUAUACUUUACAUGUAACUUUGAAUAUCUGCUUUGAUUAGAUGUGCAUAUUUUUUUCUUUUUUAUCUUUGUUAUGCUCGUGUAUUUUUCUUUCACUUUUUGCUGAUUUUUUUAGACUUAUACAUACAUGUACUCAGUAAUAUGAAUUAUCGAGACAGUACAAAUGAACGCUGGAGCAAACUGGGUAUACUAAACGUACACGACUUGAAAACCUUGCGAUUGGCUCUUGAGACACAUCAUUUGCUUAAGAAUGACACUACCUUUUCACUCACUUAACACGAGCCUCAAAAAUAUCUGCCAUAUACAUUUCGCCAUGUUAGCUACAGGAAUAACAGGAUCAGGAUAAAUUAUGGUUCAUAAACGUUGCACUAUCAGAUUACACGACCCUUGAACUACAACACAAAGGUAUAGAAAAAAUAAUAAGCAAAACAAGUUGGGAAAAAUAAACCACCAAAUAAGUCAACUACUACUUUCAUAUUUUUUUUCUGUGCAUAUUGCCUGCUAUUUGUGUUCAAUGAUUUUUGUCCUCAACAAUGAUACAAUUGACUUUAUAUUUACCUAUAUGUUCUCAAAGUUGUACGUGAACUAUUACUUCUUUUAUGUAAGUUUUCAGUUGCUUCUGUUGUUGUUUUCAGUGCUUGUGUACAAACUGUUGUUGUUUCAAGUGGGAGGGCCUCAUCAGGUGUCAAUGCCUUCAGUCCUUUCCUUCUGAAGUGUAACAUUCUGCACUUGAAUAAAAUCAAUUCAGUUCAAUACUUA